AUCGAAAAUACGGUAAAAUGAAGAACGUUCGAUUUAGCACUACGCCAGAGGUCGUUAAAUAUACUUAUAGCGCCGCGGAUUAUGACCGAUCUCAUAUUCAAAAGCUGGGUUCUCCCAUGUCAUAUUCGGUUCAGUUACAACCAUCAUCAAGUUCUCGACCUUUCAUUACUCCUUUGGAUUUUUCAAGUCUUCCUGGAACAUCAUCAUCACCAUCAUCACCAUGUAUAGAAAAGGGAAAAAAGCAAUCCAAACUGACAAUCAAUACUAAAAUGGUGGCUGGUCCUUUGUUCUUCACUAAUCUAUCAACACAAUAUGAUCAUUGGUCAGAGUUAGAGGAAGAAGAGCAGGAGGAGGAUAUAGAUGAUAUUCCAACAAUGAAUAUGUUACGUCCUGUAGAAAAUAUAACUACCUUAGAAAGCUAUUAAAACUAAGUCUAAACUUAACUGUAAAUAUUUUACCAACUAUUUUUUAUUAAUA